ACUCUGCAACCACUCUCGGACCGCCUCCUCCUAGCUCUCUGUCUCUCUCCCUACGUCGAAUACUUCGCCAGAAUUUCAUAAAACGGGAGGGAGAGAUAGAUUGAGCCACCGAUCGAUCUUCUUCUGUUGUUUUUUCGCUAGGAUUUCAAUAUGGAUCUUCAAAGCCUUGCUAUGAUCCUCCGAGGCGCUCUCAGUAACAAUCCUGUGGAACGUAAGGCUGCGGAGGAAAGCCUCAAUCAGAUCCAAUACACGCCACAACAUAUGGUGAGGUUGUUACAAAUAAUUGUUGAUGGUUCCUAUGAUCUAGCAGUACGGCAGGUGGCAAGUAUUAAUUUUAAGAACUUUACUUCCAAGAAUUGGUCAACUUAUGAUCCUGGGGAGCAAACUAAAAUCUUGCCUGGUGACAAGGAAUUGGUUAGACAAAAUAUUCUCUUAUUUGUUGCUCAGGUGCCUCCAUUAUUGAGAGUGCAACUGGGAGAGUGCCUAAAGACCAUUAUUUACGCAGACUAUCCUGAGCAGUGGCCAACACUUUUAUCUUGGAUAAAGCAUAAUUUGCAGGAUCAACAAGUCUAUGGAGCUUUAUUUGUUCUUAGGACCCUCUCAAGAAAAUAUGAGUUCAAAUCGGAUGAAGAGAGAGAACCCAUACACCAGAUUGUUGAAGAAACAUUUCCAUAUCUCCUAAACAUUUUUAACAGGCUUGUUCAGAUUACAAACCCUUCAAUUGAAGUAGCAGAUCUCGUCAAGCUUAUCUGCAAAAUAUUCUGGUCUUCUAUAUAUCUUGAGAUUCCAAAGCAGUUGUUUGAUCCAAAUAUAUUUAAUGCAUGGAUGGUUCUUUUCGUGAGUAUGCUGGAAAGGCCUGUUCCUCAGGAAGGGCAGCCAAUUGAUCCCGAGCUAAGAAAAUCAUGGGGAUGGUGGAAAGUAAAAAAAUGGACAGUGCACAUUUUAAACCGUCUUUACACCAGAUUUGGAGAUUCGCAACAAAAAAAUCCGGAGAACAAAGCUUUUGCCCAGAUGUUUCAGAAGAACUAUGCAGCAAGAAUUUUGGAAUGCCACCUUAAUUUGCUAAAUGUUAUCCGAGCUGGUGGAUAUUUACCUGAUAGGGUGACCAACUAUCUUUUGCAAUAUUUAAGUAACAGCAUUUCGAAGAGUAACUUGUACAGUCUGCUACGGCCAAGACUUGAUGUUCUUCUCUUUGAAAUUAUUUUUCCACUCAUGUGCUUUACCGACAAUGAUAAAAAGCUAUGGGAUGAAGACCCCUAUGAGUAUGUUCGUAAAGGUUAUGACAUAAUUGAAGAUCUAUAUAGUCCUAAAACUGCGGCGAUGGAUUUUGUAAGUGAGUUGGUAAGAAGGCGUGGCAAAGAGAACCUUCAAAAGUUUGUCCUCUUCAUUGUAGAGGUCUUUAAAAGAUAUGACGAGUCACCACCAGAAUGCAAACCAUUCAGGCAAAAGGAUGGUGCUCUCCUUUCAAUUGGGAUACUUUGUGAUAAACUGAAAAAAACUGAGCCAUAUAAAUAUGAGCUUGAGCGAAUGCUUGUGCAGCAUGUUUUCCCUGAAUUUAGUAGUCCUGCAGGUCAUCUUCGUGCCAAGGCGGCAUGGGUUGCUGGACAAUAUGCACAUAUUGACUUCUCAGAUCCAAUUAAUUUUGUCAAGGCAUUGCAUAGCGUUGUUGCUGGAAUGCGUGAUCCUGAACUACCUGUUCGGAUAGAUUCGGUAUUUGCUUUGCGGUCGUUUAUAGAAGCUUGCAAAGAUUUGAAUGAAAUCCGCCCGAUACUUCCUCAGUUACUUGAUGAGUUCUUCAAACUUAUGAAUGAGGUUGAGAAUGAAGAUCUUGUUUUCACACUAGAGACCAUUGUUGACAAGUUUGGGGAGGAGAUGUCCCCGUUUGCUCUUGGGUUAUGCCAGAAUCUUGCUGCUGCAUUUUGGAAAUGUAUUAACACAUCUGAAGCUGACAAUGACGGUGAUGACCCUGGUGCUUUGGCUGCUGUUGGUUGUUUGCGUGCCAUAAGCACAAUACUUGAGUCAGUGAAUCGCCUCCCACAUCUUUUCGAACAUAUUGAGCCAAUUCUGCUGCCUAUAAUGCGCAGGAUGCUUACAACCGAAGGUCAAGAGGUUUAUGAAGAGGUUUUGGAGAUUGUUUCUUAUAUGACAUUUUUCUCACCGACAAUAUCAAUGAAUAUGUGGAGCCUCUGGCCGUUGUUGAUUGAGGCACUUGCGGAUUGGGCAAUUGAUUUCUUCCCAAAUAUAUUGGUUCCGUUGGACAACUACAUAUCGAGAGGCACUGAACAUUUUCUCACAUGCAAAGAACCGGACUACCAACAAAGCCUUUGGAAUAUGAUCUCGACUGUCAUGGGUGAUAAGAACUUGGAAGAUGCUGACAUUAAGUCAGCACCUAAGCUCAUUGCAGUUGUAUUUCAGAAUUGCAAAGGAAGGGUGGAUCACUGGGUUGAACCGUACCUCAGAAUCUCAUUCGAGCGCCUGCGUCGAACCCAAAACUUAGACUUGAAAUGCCUUUUGAUCCUAGUGGUUGCUGAUGCUCUUUACUAUAACCCAUCAUUAACAAUGAGCAUUUUGCAAAAGCUUGGCGUUGCAACAGAAAUAUUCAAUCUUUGGUUUCAGCUGCUGCAACAAACUAAAAAAAGUGGAUCCCGGGCUAAUUUUAAAAAGGAACAUGACAAGAAGGUUUGCUGUUUAGGCUUGACAUCAUUACUAACUCUUCCUGGUGAUCAAAUUCCAACUGCAGCAUUAGAGCGCAUUUUUAAGGCGGUUCUUGACCUUCUUGUUGCUUACAAAGAACAACUUGCAGAAGCUGCCAAGGAAGAGGAAGCCGAUGAGGGGGAUGACAUGAAUGGAUAUCAUAAUGAUGACAAUGAAGAAGAAGGGUCUGACAGAGAAAUGGGGGAUGAUGAUGAGGAUGAGGUGGACAGCCUAAAGCUCCAAAAAUUGGCAGCACAGGCAAAGGCUUUCGGCACAAUAGAGGAUGCAGAUUAUGAUUUCUCUGAUGAAGACAAUUUUAGUGAUGAUGAGAUGCAAUCACCUCUUGAUGAUGUGGAUCCUUUUAUUUUCUUGGUGGAUUCUGUUAAGGCUCUUCAAGCAUCUGACCCCUUGAGGUUCCAGAAUCUCACCCAGACUCUAGACUUCCAUUACCAGGCUCUUGCAAAUGGUGUUGCUCAGCAUGCUGAGCAGAGGAGAGUUGAAAUUGAAAAGGAAAACAUGCAGAAGGCGUCAGACGGUGCACCCCACUCAUUAUAAGCAUUUAUACUCAGGUAAUACCAUCAUCUCCUAGUGCCCCUCCCCAUAUCACAGCCAUUCAGUAAUUGCUGAAGGCAACCGUGUGCCGUGAAGUCCAUUUGAAUUGAGUCGCUUCGCUGGGUUUUACGUCUUGAUGAGUACGAAAGAGUGACCGAGAUUGUAAAACUAGUCUGAGCCAAAAGCUGUCACAGAGGGCUGCUUCCCGUUGCCCCCGUUGAGUAGUAGUAGUAGGAUUGGGCAUGACUGCUCUUCUACAUAGGAAGAUGUCUCUUGCUCACAUGUCCAUCUUUCGUUUUUGGUGUUUUAUUUAUUUAUUUAUACAAAAAAAAUGAGUCAUAGUGGUUGAUUAAGGACCCCGGAUAUUUCGGUCCGUUUAGGUUAAACGCAAUACAUACAUUUGUUGCUCAAGAUAUCUUUGUAUUGCUAUCCCUAAGUUGGUGGAUGUGGUUCCCUAACUCUUGGGGUUUGCCCUGCAAUUUUUGUAUGUGGUCUCAGUUUGUAGUGUUACACCAUUGAUUGAUUUUUGGUUGUAAGCUAUUGCUUAUGGGAUUCAUCAAAUUCGUGGCGUUUAUUUUGCCGGGUUAGUCUUUUGGUGUAGUACUUCGUGCUAUUGGUUUAUUUC